UUUUUUGUAAAUGACUGCGCAUGCGCAUGUUCCUCCCCUCCAGCUGGCGGCGCUGUCGCACAACAUCAACUGCCCAUCGUUCAAGAAGAAGAACAACGGAAGACGACGCUCACAGGGAGGGAAAGAAAAGCUGACAUGUCACGACAGCUGGGCGACAGCCAUCGGAGGUUCCUGCAAACCAUGAUGGGGGUUGGCAUCGUUGAUGAGCUUGAAGCAAAGGCACUUUAUCAGCACUGUUGUGAAACAUAUAAGAUGCAAUGUGCUGCUGACAAACUGGACGAAUUCAUCGAGACCAUCAAUUUGCAGCUGCAGCCCAUGUUCAUGCAGAUUAGAAAAGGGAUGUCUGAGGAGAACGGUCACCAGUGCUAUGCUCUGGUGAACACAGCUGAAACGGAUAUCUCCAGGAUGACUUCAGAUUACACGGAUAACGAACUGGAGUUGUUUAGAAAAACAAUUGAUCUAGUCGUGGGCUCUGAGAAAGGCUCGGCCUCCUCCACCGACAUUCUGAACAGCACCGACACCAUGACAUCUAAAAAGCUGAAGAAGAGUGAAACGGAGCACCUUUUAACUCGACUGGUGCAAGACAAAUGGCUUUGUGAGAAACGCGGCGAGUACUCUCUGUCCACCCGAUGCAUCAUAGAGAUGGACUCGUAUAUCCGCACGAUGUAUCAAGACCAAGUCAAGAUGUGCCACAUCUGCCACAAUGUCGCCUUUCAGUGCCAAAUUUGUGAGAAUCCAAAUUGUGGGAUAAAAAUACACAACCCGUGUGUGGCCAGAUACUUUAAAGGGAAAUCGGAGCCACAGUGUCCAGCUUGUGAGGACUUCUGGCCACAUGAAAUCCCUGAAGUUAGAGGACUUCGUUCUCAAUCCAAGAAGUAACUGCAGCA